AUGUGCGGGAUCGCAACCCGAUCCGGUUUGGUGCUCGUCGUGCUGACGGCGCUAGUUCUAGUCAACGUAUCCGGCAGCCCGUGGGGCAAUUAUUACGAAUACGACAGUCACCCGACGGGUUCACAGCUUUACCAGUACAACCAGCGUGUUGAGCACCAUCGUACGGCACCACCGGAUAGCGCCCCGGCAUCGUCCGGUAACAUCAACUGCCGAUGCACGAAACUCCGGUAUUGCAGCAAGAUACUGGAAAUGCUGCGAAACCCCAAAUCGAGCUAUGGCAGCUUUAACUCGAGGCUGAAGGAACUUGCCUGCGGCUAUGGUACCGAUAACGAGCCCAACAUAUGCUGCCCUCUAGACGAUAGCUGGUUAAGGGACGUAGGAGCAGAAGACGGUGCUCAUUCGUCGGAGGAGAACGACUCACACGGGGCUAUCGGGUGGGACGAGGGUUACACGAACCGGAAAUCAGACGACGAUCGUCAGUGGUCGAAGGAACGUUUCAAGUACGUCCCGAUGGUGGCGAAUGGCGGGAAACGACCCAGUACCAGCACUUCAGCCAGCUCUAGUUGGUGGAAGCAAAGGCCUCAAAGUGGCAACACGAUCGCGCAGUUCGAGGAUCCAAAAACGCUCAAGAACUGCCCUCCGGUGAUUUAUCCUGGCGAUCGACAGGAGGCCUCUUCACGUCCUACGAAGCCCUAUGUGGCACCUAUCAUGAGGAAUCCCUCGAGACGUCCGGCACUGGGAAGUAAUCGAGUUGCGGACACCACAACGGCUCUUGUGACGACUGACGUACCAGUGACAAGUACGGAUCCACCGACAACCGUGUUGCCAACAGUGUUGCCUGACCAGCCUCUGAUCAACGCGCCUCUUUGUGGCCUUUCGGUCAAUACACGCAUCAUUGGGGGUGAAUCGGAAGUUCCCGGCCAGUUUCCUUGGAUGGCACGACUAGCCUAUCGGAAUCGAACUUCCGGUCGAGUGACGUAUCGUUGUGCUGGAUCGCUGAUCACUAACCGACACGUGAUAACGGUGGCCCAUUGCGUCACGAAUCUGAUCGAUGAACUGCAACUAAUCAGCAUUCGGUUGGGCGAUCUCGAGUGUAACACCGUCACGGACACGCGAUGUAGCGCCCGGUUCCAGGAUUUUGCGAUCGAAAGGAUACUACCACACGAGAGCUACGAUUCGCCCAAGUACGCCAACGACAUCGCCCUGAUCAAGCUGCGUGAGACGACCGAAACGUCCAACAUCAUCAGUCCGCUGUGUCUACCAACGGACCAGUACGCACCCUACGCACUGAAUCUGACCGGCCAGAUGGGGAUCAUCGCUGGAUGGGGAUCAACCAGUAACCGCAGUAACACACCGAGUCCGACGUUACAGUGGCUACGGUUACCGAUAGUGGACACGGCCGGAUGUGCUAGUGCGUACGCACGAUAUAGCGUUAACUCGCGCAACCCGAUCAUCGUGUCCGGCAGCCAGAUGUGUGCCCAGGGCCAGGAGAAUCGGGACGCUUGUCAGGGCGAUUCUGGUGGACCGUUGAUGAACGAGGCCGUGUCCAGCCGGGACCGAUUCGUCCUGCUUGGGCUGGUGUCGUUUGGACCGCGGACGUGCGGUGUGUCGAACUUCCCGGGCGUGUAUACGCGCAUUUCUUCGUACAUCGAUUGGAUACUGGCUAACGUAAUGCGUUAG